GGAGGGAAGGGCUGACUUGCUGAGCUGGGCUCUAGAAUGGGAAGGGUACCUUUCUGCAGAUCCCAUUUGGACUCUCCACUUGAACAAGUGAGGUGUCUGAUUUUCCUCUUCGGUACCUUCCUCUCCUCCCCCUCCCUUCGCCUCAUCCCCAUUUCAUCUUUCAUCACCACCUGGGUCCUACUGCUUGGCACCCAACCAACUGGAUGCCGCCACGUUUGGCAGUGCUGCACUGGCACGUGAACAGUGUCUCAGAUCCUGGCACUGCGGCAAACCCAAAGCCACCAAACAUGCUCAUGAUGGCACUUGGUGGCAGUCAGGGAGAGGGGGCUGUGCACAUAGCGGUGCCAGGCAUUGGGUGGAGCUCUGUGUAGGGAACUGGCAUGAGAGGAUGCCCUUAACAACUGGGCUGAGUCAGCACUCCCUCGUCAAUCUCAGCUCUGCCUUCCUCCCAACUAGAUAUCCACCUCCCUCCUACCGUUACUGCCCCCAAGAAAGGGAUUUAGAUGGUACCAUACUGAGUGUUUGAGCACCAGGCGAAAGGAAACGAGCACAGAGGGACAGGCUAUAGCACAGGCUGUAGACACACCCAAGGCUCCAGGCCAGUAGACCAUACAUAUCCUUGGACAACAAGAACAGAAAAAUAAAACCCUAGGAGGGCUAAAGGAGGUGGAGAGAGGGACACCAGCUGUGUUGUUACCAGGAUGGCACAAGAAGAGAUUGGAAGGCAAGUAGGAAGGAAUGACCCUCAGACUUUGCUCUUGGGUGAUAGGGUGGUUUGUACCUAUGCAUAUUUCAUUCUGCCUUGUACCUUGUGAUUUGCUGAGCUGUGGUUGAGAUGAACUGGUUCUUUCUCCCUUGUUAAAAGGUCCAUAUUCAAUAAUAGUCCUAGGAAGAUGGAAAGGUGCUCUAGGCCUAGAGAGGUAGACAGGUGUUAGGAAGACAGAGGGACUUGUCCUUCCAGAAAGACUAUGGAAGGCACCCAGUUAGAAUUGGAUAGAUUUCCAUAUCUUUGAAAUCCACCCCAAGAAGGGUGAUGGGAUCAGCAAUGAUCCCUGGUAGAGGGGGAGGCCCCUAGAAGGAGAAUCCCCAGCAACUGUGGUGAUACAGACUAGCCCUCACAUAACUAGACCUUGGGCCCCCAAUCUGGAAGAAUUUCAAGUAGCUUUGGCUUUCCUAAUGACUGGGCAGAUCUUCAGAUCUGGAAGAUUUGACUGUGGGUGAUGUGGAAGGGAGGCUGGGUGGCUCUGGGAGAUAGGACCUGCCCAGAGGUAGGAGUAAAGUCCAUGCUGGGCUGAGCUGCUCAGGGCUGGGGAAGUUCUGAUUUCAGCAUCUCUGGAAGUGUAUGGCCACUUCAGAAGAAGCAAGGUGUUUUCCACAGCAGAGAAGAAAGCAGGGAGACACUCAGCCAAAGUGGUAGCAUGGCCCAGGGCUUGAUAGAGGUGGAGCGAAAGUUCCUUCCAGGGCCUGGCACAGAGGAGCGGCUGCAGGAGUUGGGGGGCACCCUGGAGCACCGGGUCACCUUCCGAGACACCUACUAUGACACCCCUGAGCUGAGCCUCAUGCAGGCUGACCACUGGCUGCGACGACGAGAGGAUAGUGGAUGGGAGCUCAAAUGUCCUGGAGCAGCAGGUGUCUUAGGACACCACACGGAGUAUAAGGAACUCACAGCGGAACCUACAAUUGUGGCCCAGCUCUGUAAGGUGCUGGGGGCUGACGGCCUGGGGGCUGGAGAUGUGGCUGCUGUCCUGGGCCCAUUGGGGCUGCAGGAAGUAGCUAGUUUUGUGACUAAGCGGAGUGCCUGGAAACUGGUACUCUUGGGAACUGAUGAAGAGGAGCCACAGCUCAGGGUGGACUUGGAUACAGCCGACUUUGGCUAUGCUGUGGGUGAGGUAGAGGCCUUGGUGCAUGAGGAGGCUGAAGUACCAGCUGCCCUAGAGAAGAUCCACAGGCUCAGCAGCAUGCUUGGUGUGCCUGCACAGGAGACAGCACCAGCCAAGCUGAUUGUGUACCUACAGCGUUUCCGGCCUCAAGACUAUCAGCGCCUGCUAGAAGUGAACAGCUCCAAGCAGAGGCCACAGGGGACUGAAGAUCCUGAUAACUGCCUGGGCUAGGGGUGUCACUUCCUAGAAUGGGAAGGGAACUCUGGGUCUAAUGGAGUCCACUCCUGGCCCACUGUGCCUCUCCCCUCAGCGUCCCUUCUGACAGUGACUCCUCUCUCUCUAGCUCUGCCUGUUUCUUCCCCCUACUCUAAGCUACUCUUCCUUGAGCCCUCCCUGGCUGCUGCUUCUUCCCUCAUCCGUCAGAUGCAAUCUGUGGGCCGCCCCUCUCCCCUGGCCGCUAAGCAGCCUCCAUUGAUUUCCGCUCGUGUUUAUAGGAUUUCCACUUAGCCGUGAUCAGUAGUUAAGCACAGGAAAAUCCCUUGCCACCCCCCUCCCUUGGUCGAUGCCAUUGAUUCUGCCAGCAGCUCCUAAACCGCCUUACAGCUGAGUUAGACGAUGAGGGGAGGCAGCAGGGAUUUUCCUGCCUUGGGGUGUGGGAAAUAGAAGCAAGUUGAGGAAAUGGUUGGGAAUCCCAGUUAGAACUCUAGAAAUUCUAAUCUGAUUUUGACACUGUGCCCAGCUCUGGCCCACAGGGUAGAGUGCCGCCUGUAGAAGUUUGGGGCAAAUUUGUUCCCUGACCUGAAGAGGGUUAGAAAGAACCAGCAGCCGCCCCAUCCCCUGUGUUGAGACAGGUUCUCAAGGUUCAGGGGAAGAUGCAUUCUUAUGUAAGAAUGCUUUUCCCUUGCUGUUAUUCAUACACAUUUUCCACUUCAAAUAUACCCAAAUAUGGCUUUCCUC